AGACUGAGCACAGUGCACUCAGUGCGUCUCUACCUGCUCAGCCUCACACAGCUUCUGCACACAAACAGAAGAGUUCAGCUUCUUCAACAGACUCUGCAGAGGAAAUCUGAACACAUUCAGGAGGAGGAAGAUUCCUAAAGAUGGCCUUCGUUCUAAGAAGAUUGAACAAAGACUUCCCUCCUAAUCUGUCUGAACUGAUGCAUACAUUUAUUACACAUGCAACUUCAUUCAUCAGAAAGUUUGCCAGCAGUGAACACAGGAUGAGACAGAUUGCAGGAGAGUUUAGGGAGAUCUCUGAUGAAGUCAGAAAGAUGCAGAAGACAACAGAUAAAGUCAGAACAGCAGGAGCUGUUGCUGGAGGAGUAGGAAUAGGAGCAGUAAUAGGAAUAGCACUCCUGGUCCUUGCAGCUCCAUUCACUGGGGGGGCUAGUUUAUCAGCAGUAGGACCAUUAGCAGUAGCAGCAGCUGCAGCAGGAGGAGGAGCUGUGGUUGUUGGUGUAAAUGUAACAAAAACAAUGAAAGAGAACGGAAGUGUAAAGAAAGUAGAAGAACUAGGGAAAGAGUUCAUGGAGAUCGUUGAACCGCUGAAGUACAACCUGGAAAAAAUAAAGAAGACAUGUGAGAAGUUGGAGCAAAGAUCAGCUGAACUGCAGGCUGAAAAGACUCUGACAGACAUGGAGGAGUUUCAGAGGAUUCUGACACGAGUUACUGAACUGGCAGGAAGGAGUGAAGAAGUUUUGUCUGCAGCUGCAAUACUGAUGAGUGUCAUAGGUGAUCUGUUAUUGCUCAUUGUGAAAGUCUUCAGACUCAAUGCGACCCCUGAAGAGCAUGAAAAGUUAGGAAACUCCAUCAUCCAGUCAGCUGAUCACUGUCAGAAAGUCGUUAAGGACUUUGAUGAGAUGAAGAAAGAACUCAAAGACUUCAGUGUAAAGUAAAGAUAGAAGCUGCAGUGAGAACAAAAAGACUUGUUCACACUGAAACAGCUGACAAACUGUUUGUGUCUGAUCAGAAAACCCUGAACAUUUAUCUAAACUACUUGACUUUUUGU